AUGUGCCGAAUUCGCUGGGGGAAACGGACCGCGACUACCUCGCCGACCACACGAACGGCUUCACAGGCGCCGAUUUGCGGCUUCUUCUCACCGAAUCCACUCUCUACCGACUCAACCAGCUCCAAACCGAUGAUCAUGAGCAUGAACAUGAUGAUCAUCAUGAUGAUCAUGAUGAUGCAACGCGACUUCUCUUCGGUGCUGGCGGUAUUGCCGCGCAUCCGUCCCUCGGCGCUGCGCGAGGUUUCGAUUUCUUCGCCGAACGUGCAUUGGCGGCAAAUCGGCGGACUCGAGCCGGUAAAAGCGCGGCUCCGCGAGCUCCUGGAGUGGCCUCUUCGCUUCACCGCCCAGUUCGCGCGGUUCCACGUUUCUCCACCGAAGGGCGUUUUGCUGUACGGUCCGCCGGGCUGCUCGAAAACGCUUCUCGCGAAAGCGGUCGCCACCGAGGCGAACAUGAACUUCAUCUCCGUCAAGGGACCGGAAUUGUAUUCCAAGUACGUCGGAGAGAGCGAGCAGGCCGUCGCCGCGGUCUUCCGCAAGGCGCGGCUCAGCAGUCCCUGCGUGAUUUUCUUCGACGAGAUCGACGCGUUCGCGGUGGAUUCCCGCGGCAGCAGCGGCGUCACCGAGCGCGUGGUGAGCCAGUUCCUCACGGAGUUGGACGGGAUUCACGCGCUGAAACGCGUUCUCGUCAUCGCAGCGACCAAUCGGCCCGAUCUGCUCGACCCCGCGCUGCUGCGUCCGGGACGGCUGGACACGCAUAUCUUCUUGGGACUGCCCGAUGUGGAGGCGCGGAGGAAGAUUCUGGAGGUGCAUUUGGAGAAAGUGCCCUGCGAUGAUGAUGUCGACGCGCAGGAAAUCGCGGAGCGGACGGAAGGAUACAGCGGAGCAGAGCUGGCUGCGGUGUGCUCGGACGCGUGUCUCACAACGCUGAGCGAGAACAAGGACGCGGAGAAAGUCGAUCAGAAGCAUUUGCGAUUGGCACUGGAACACGUCAAAGCCAGAACCAAUCCAGAACUACUGAAGCUGUAUAUCGAGUUCAACGAGAAGGGGAAAGCGAAAUAA